AUGACUUCCUCUCUCCUAGUGUCACCGUGCUCCGAAUGCUUCCGAAUUGACGACAUUUACCUUGCGAUCCUACAAGAGGCUUAUGGCGACGGUGAGGGCAGGGCCACCGUCGCUCACCUUGCACUAACGAGCCGGAUGCUUUCUGAGGGGGCUAUCACGGUCUUGUGGCAACAUCUAACCUCCCUCGUCCCUCUCCUCGGCCUGAUUCCCGAGAACGUCUGGGAACGUGUCAAGAUGCAGACCAGCUCGGAGGAGCGCGCAUUGGCCUGGUGCGAUGUACUCCAAAGCUCCUACAUGCACAACUUCCUGCGACGUCGUGAGGGCAUCCGCCGUCUCACCUGGGAUCAGAACGACGACAUCGGCUCGCCGCGCUUCGAGCUCAAGACCGCUUUGCUCGCCGACCUCCCUCCCGAUUUCAUCCUGUUUCCGCAACUUCGCACAUAUACUUGGACUGCGUCGGUCCACGUAUACUCCCACCUGGGGACCAUCCCGCAGCUCGUCGACUUGCGGCACUUCAUACACGGCAGACUGCGCGAUCUCGUUCUACGGCUACCAGCCACUAGCGCCCCUGCCAUGAACACGCUUGCAAUGGUGCGCAACGAUGCAGUGCCGCUUCGCAGCUUGCGGAUCAUCGAGGACACCCCCGCGCUCUGGUACUGGUACCUUCCCGAGCAGGAUGGACCUGAGAACAACGCGGUCAGUGCCGCCAUCGCGGGCGUCAUCCGCGAAAGCAACACUCUCCGCGUCUUCACUUGCACGCGUUCGGUUUCCGACCCUGUCUUUGCGGCCGCUCUGCACGCAAAGUCUCUCCGGGCGAUCGAAUUCACACUCAAGCUCACCUCCCACGAUGACACCGCCGCUGCGCUGAUUCCCCACUCGCCGGCCCUCGAGGUGCUCAGUCUUUCGAUCCAGGACAUGAACUCCACGGCCCCCGCCGUCCUCGCAGCCAUCGGCACAGUCCCCUUACGUCGGCUCUCGCUCAAUGUCAUGUACCGCUCGUGCACUGACAGUGACUCCGAUCGGCUCCAGGAGGCUCUCCAACGGCUCGCAGAUGGCAUAUGCGCGCAGACCCUCGAAAGGGUGGAUGUCUACGACAUGCACGAGGCCGACGCCUCUUACGAACUGGAUAUCGCCUUCCACGAAGCGGGUAUCGUCGUCGAUUUUUAUGGUGCGCAGAUUGCGCGCGCACAUACAGACUGUCUGUUAAGCUUGGCGACCCUCCGCCCACUCCUCCGUCUUUCCUCACUCACUCACCUUGGCGUCCAUGCGGCCGCUCUCGCACUGACCUCUGCGGAUCUCCUCGUGAUGGUCAGGGCGUUGCCGCGCCUCAGCGUGCUGAGUCUCGCUGCCCGCAUCCCGUUCUUCACGACCUCAGUGCCUGACCUUGGGGCUCUCCAAUGGAUCGCAGAACACUGCCCCUCGUUACGCGUGCUCUCGCUCGCUGUCGGGGUCGGUGACGCAAUUCCGGCGCAACAGGCCGGAUGGACGUCCUCGUCGCAGGUACAGACGCUGCGUAUUGGAUUGCCGAGAGGCCGCGGGGAGAACCCGGGUGUCAAUGGGUAUGUCACCGCGCUAUUCCCGAACGCACAGGACUUGCAGUUCGCAUACUAUACACCCAUGUAUGAUGUCUUGUAA